GCGAGCGAGAGGGAGAGACAAACCAACUCCAGUCACCACGGCGAAGACACGCGCAACAGAGGACGGUGAAGCCACGAGACAUGUCUCCAUGUUCCAGAUCCACGUGGAUAUACCCCAGGUGUCGUGCCCACAGACCAUGGCUGGGAUAAACGUGGACGCUCUGACAGACAGCAGAUAAUAAUAUGCCUGCACAGUUGGAAGGGCUCGCGCUUUGUGGCACAAUACGGCACGCGUAAAAGAUGGGUCUGUUUGCUCUGGUGUGUGUCCCCACAUGUCUCCUUCACGUUCUCCUGCUCUCCCACAGCAGCAGCAGCAGCAGCAUCCAUGCAUCCAGCAUCCAUGAGCGCUCGGCGACCCCCCGCGCCGUGGCCCGCUCCGUGGCCCGCAUGGACGGGGACGUGAUCAUCGGCGCGCUCUUCUCCGUCCACCACCAGCCGUCUGCCGAGAAGGUGGCGGAGAGGAAGUGCGGAGACGUCCGAGAGCAGUACGGCAUCCAGAGGGUGGAGGCCAUGUUCCACACGCUGGACCGCAUCAACGCGGACCCGAACCUGCUCCCCAACAUCAGUCUCGGCUGCGAGAUCCGAGAUUCCUGCUGGCACUCCUCCGUCGCCCUGGAGCAGAGCAUCGAGUUCAUCCGGGACUCCCUCAUCUCCAUCCGGGACGAUAAAGACGGAUCCAAAUGGUGCAUUGACGGAACACCGUCCAAUCAGCCGCCGCCCUCCAAGAAGCCCAUUGCUGGGGUUAUUGGACCCGGAUCCAGCUCUGUGGCUAUUCAGGUGCAGAACCUAUUGCAGCUGUUCAACAUCCCGCAGAUUGCUUACUCUGCCACCAGCAUCGACUUGAGUGACAAGACCUUGUUCAAAUACUUCCUGAGGGUCGUUCCUUCAGACACCCUGCAGGCCCGGGCCAUGUUGGAGAUUGUCAAGCGGUACAACUGGACUUAUGUGUCUGCAGUCCACACUGAGGGAAACUAUGGGGAGAGUGGGAUGGAGGCUUUCAAGGAGCUAGCCUCUCAAGAAGGCCUGUGCAUCGCCCACUCUGACAAGAUCUACAGUAACGCUGGCGAAAAACACUACGAUCGCCUUUUGAGGAAAUUACGGGAACGUCUACCCAAAGCUCGCGUAGUUGUGUGUUUCUGCGAGGGCAUGACUGUCCGUGGUCUCUUGAUGGCUAUGAGGCGACUUGGCGUGUAUGGAGAAUUCCUCUUGGUUGGCAGCGACGGAUGGGCCGACCGUUAUGAGGUUGUGGAAGGUUACGAGCAGGAAGCAGAGGGAGGGAUCACCAUGAAGCUGCAGUCAGAGGUGGUCAAGUCCUUCGACGACUACUACCUAAAGCUGCGCCUGGACACCAACACCAGGAACCCGUGGUUCGCCGAGUUCUGGCAGUAUCGAUUCCAGUGUCGCCUCGCAGGCCAUCCACAGGAGAACAAGAACUACAAAAAAGUCUGCACAGGAAAUGAGAGUCUGAAUGAAAACUAUAUCCAGGACAGUAAGAUGGGCUUUGUCAUCAAUGCCAUCUCUGCCAUGGCUCACGGCCUCCAUGAUAUGCACAAGGAGUUGUGUCCGGGCCAGACAGGGCUCUGUGAAGCGAUGGACCCCAUCGAUGGCAGUAAGCUGCUGGACUACCUGCUCAAGUCGUCCUUCAGAGGAGUCUCUGGGGAGGAGAUUUAUUUUGAUGAAAAUGGAGACACCCCAGGCAGGUAUGACAUCAUGAAUCUCCAGAGUGUGGAAGAUGAUCGCUAUGACUACAUAAACGUGGGCUCCUGGCAUGAGGGCAUGCUGAGCAUCGAUGACAGCAAGUUAUGGAUGAACAACAGUGAUGUGGUUCGCUCGGUCUGCAGUGAACCCUGCUCCAGAGGACAGAUUAAGGUGAUAAGGAAGGGUGAGGUGAGCUGCUGUUGGAUUUGCACCACAUGCAAGGACAACGAGAUUGUCCAGGAUGAAUUUACCUGCAAGGCAUGUGAGCUGGGAUGGUGGCCUGAUGAAGACCUGGAAGGCUGCCAGCCUCUGCCCUUGAAGUAUCUCGACUGGGCGGACGUGGAGUCCAUAGUUGCAGUUGUUUUCUCCUGUGUGGGCAUCCUGAUCACCUCAUUUGUCACCUUUGUGUUCAUCCAAUACCGUGAUACACCUGUUGUUAAGUCCUCCAGCAAAGAACUCUGCUACAUCAUCUUGGCAGGCAUCUUCAUGGGUUACAUCUGUCCAUUCACCUUAAUCGCCCGCCCUACGGUCGCUUCCUGCUAUCUGCAGCGACUUCUGGUUGGCCUGUCCUCUGCCAUGUGCUACUCUGCCCUGGUGACUAAAACUAACCGCAUUGCCCGAAUCCUGGCUGGCAGCAAGAAGAAGAUCUGUACCAAGAAACCCCGUUUCAUGAGCGCCUUGGCCCAGGUGAUCAUUGCAUUUAUGCUUAUCAGUGUACAGCUCACCCUGGAGAUAACACUCAUCAUUCUGGAGCCUCCUGAACCCGUCAAGUCAUAUCCAAGCAUACGUGAGGUUUUCCUCAUUUGUAAUACCAGCAACGUCGGCAUGGUAGCACCGCUAGGCUACAAUGGGCUGCUUAUAAUGAGCUGUACCUACUAUGCCUUCAAGACGCGGAACGUCCCUGCCAAUUUCAAUGAGGCCAAAUACAUCGCCUUUACGAUGUACACUACCUGCAUCAUUUGGUUGGCCUUUGUGCCGAUCUAUUUCGGGUCCAACUACAAGAUCAUAACUACAUCCUUCUCGGUCAGCCUGAGUGUAACAGUUGCACUGGGCUGCAUGUUCACACCCAAGAUGUACAUUAUCAUUUCCAAACCGGAGAGGAAUGUCCGAAGCGCCUUCACCACCUCUGAUGUGGUGCGAAUGCAUGUUGGAGAUGGGAAAGCUGCACCUCCGUGCGGAGGCAACAACUUCUUCAACAUGUUCCGCCGGAAGAAAGCUAUAUCUGGAAAUGCCAAUUCUAAUGGCAAGUCUGUGUCAUGGUCUGAAUCAGGUGCAAGACACCCUCCGAGGGGGGGGAAUGUGUGGCACAGACUGUCUGUGCAUGUGAGGAAACAGGAAGCCGGCUUGAAUCAGACAGCGGUCAUCAGGCCCCUAACUAACACCCCCGACCCCCACAGUUGUGAGACCUCCACCAACAACCUUGGCACAGACCCGCAUCUCCCUCAAGAACCCCUUGGAACUAAGUCUCUGUGCAACCUGAUGGAGGAUGACGACCAGAGCGAUGCACAGCGCCCCCUCUGGACUUCAGCUUGCUCAGAGCAGACGCAAGGACUGGAAUCUGAUUUAGAUGAGCCGGCUUCUUAUCUGCCCUCUAACCUGACGGGCCCUACAACAGAGCACUCGCACGGAGCUGUGGUGGACACACACAGCUCCUAUGUCCCCACACUGAAUGACCGCACUGCCAGGGAUCCAUUCUCUGCCGAUGAGCCCAUGAUCUUAGCACCCUUUCGGCGUCCUCCGCAAGUGGAGGCGUUUGAAGAGGAGGGACCUGAGGAUGAAGAACUGGACCUCUUACACAGCUAUAUUUACGAUGCCAAGGAGGAGAGGGAGGGGGAGGACGGGGACGAUGAGGAUUUACCUCACGACAAGCCAACUCUGGAGGAUACCCUGGCCCUGUCACCUCCCUCCCCCUUCAGAGACUCUGUGUGCUCGGGGGAGUCUAUCAGUGGCUCCCCCAUCACCGAGUUGAUACUCGGUAGCCCUGCAAGCUCAGUCUACACCUCAAACAUGCUUCAAGACUUCGCACACAGCUCCUCAACACUGUGACAGCAAAACCGGCACUGACACAGCAGCUGUCAGCAUCACGUGCAUUUACAUACACAUACACAGCUAAACACAACAAUAUACCUUAACUUUUAAUGUUGUUGGGGGAUUUUUUUUCAAUCAGUUCGCUUGCUUGUAUUUAUUACUUUUACUAGUAAAUGGUAAACCAAAACUAUAAGUAGAGAAACACAAGGAAUUAUAUGUGAGUGCUCAUGUUUCUGAAGGGCUGUCAGUGCACAAAGCUUUUCUGUAAAAGCGGAAACAGUACCAAAACGAGCCGACUCUUAAGCCAAAUUUUGAUGACUGACGCCUCACUCGGAAUCAUUAUAAAAGACAUAACUGUGGUUUUGACAGCGCUGGUGCAAUUAAAUGUCCUGACAUCCACAGACAAAACUUUUUCUUAAAACUUGUAAGUGCAUUUCACGCCAGUUUGUGUCAGCUCUGCUCCACCUGCCAGAUGCACAAUCACAGGUCUGCUCAUGGGUGAAGUGAUCACAAAUGCAUUGACAAAUAUUUGCUUUUUGAUUAAUUGAUAAUUGCACAUCCACUUUUUCUCUUCAGUUCUCUUUGCAAUUUAAAUAUUAAAAAUAAAUUAAGAAGAUUUUAGUAC